AUGAUUCCUGCUCAACGAGCUCUUCUGCUCGUAGUCGUCGUCAUCGGCGCCGUCGACGCCUGGAACCGUCCAAGUUCGUUCUAGAUUUCUUUUUUUCUCUUUUUGCGGGACUUUUUGCGUCAUAUCUGAGAUUGACGCACUUGGAGCUCUUCACAUCACUGCUUUUCAUUGCUGACUUAUAACUCACUUACAUCUCUAUUCAAAAGAUUAGUGUGGCAUGAAAAAGAAAUAAUUUACGAAAAGGUAGGAGCUUUUCCCGAGGGAGGUAAGCUUUUGAUUUGACUAAAAAAAUUUUCGUUUUUUUUCUUUGAAAACUGACCGAAAUUGUUUUAUUUAAUGCGUAUUUGAAAUUCUUAGCUUACCUAGUCUUCGUGAAUACGCUGAAAAGUUCAAAUAACUUUAAACUUUUCGCAGUUUCCAGAAUAAAAGAACUUUUAGGCGUCUUUUAUUGAUGAAGAGAAAUUAAAGGACUUUGCAACUUUUAAAAUAUUCAAUUUAACCAGUGUUUUUAUUGCGCACACAGACAGAUUCUCGAGGAAAGAACCUGGGAAAAUAAGAUAAGCUUCUACUUCGAAAAAGUUCACAAAUUGAAAAUAUACUUUUAUAUUCGAAUUGAAAAAGCCAUCAUCUCUCAGAAAAGUUUGGAUUUUCAAGUAGGAUCUCCAUUGUUGAGCCUUUACAGUAACCUGUGCAUUUUAUUGAUAACUCAAAAAUCUCGAGAAAUUUCCCCAUUUUAGUUCCUGAAAAACCUGCACUUUUGUCGGAGAACGUCUCCUUCUGCAAUCAUAAAUCAUCGGCAUCAAAAGUCCACCUAGUCGUGUCCUUCCGCCACAUUCCAGCGCCUUUUCUCGCGUUUUUCACCUUGAGAGAACUGCUGAUAAGGCGUCUGACAACUGUUUGAAUCUGACCGACUAACCUGUUUCCCGACACGUCCAGUUUUUCACACGUGUUGCGACUCUGCUGAAUUAUUGCGAGAAUUCGAUGAGAGCAGCUGUUUUGAGAAAAAAACAAUUUCGAAAAACUUUUCAAAUUGCAUACUUGAAUAUAUGAGAGAUGACAAAUGAAAAGAUAAGAUAUCGAAAACUUUUGAUAUUUAAUUUAAUUCGAAUGACUAUGCUAAAAACAUUUCUUUUUGCCGAUUUUUUUUGUUUCAAAAAUUUUUUUUCCUUGUUUACAUUCCACAAAAUUAACCCCUGUUUUUUGAUUUCUUAAUCAUUUUUUAAAAGAUAAAGAUAACUAGGGAUCCACGCGGACUCCAGUUUUGGAAUCAAACUUUUCUGUGUUCAUGGGUCCAGGUAGCAAUACUUAGACGUGAAAGAUGUUGUCUUUUGAGCGUCAUGGAACUCCAAGAAAGGGACAACUCAAAUCGUGAAGCAAAUAGCUUUCCAGUCACAUUUUUAAAAUUUUUCAUAUUGUCGAUAGCCGUGUUUUUAAGGUAGUUCGAGAAGAGAUGGUUUUUUUUUUCGAACUUGUGAGUGAUUUCUGCACGGUCCUGAUAGGUUUUUUUUCAGUACCCUAUGUGGUCUCACAUCUUUCCAAGCAUCCUUACAUCUGCUCAUAGCCUCCACAUUUUAAUAUGUUCCGCAAAAAACCUUGGUCCCGCCUGGCUUCCUAGUUGUUGGAAUACUCGGGAAAAAAAUAAGCCCAUUUCAGACCACUUCGGAAAUCCUUGCUACCUGUGCAAAUGCUUCGUGGAAUACACAGACCGCGACGUCGGCGUCCCGGUCAGACCCUACGCCAUGGCUCUCGACGGCUACGACUCGACCGAGGACCGCUGUCUCGCCUCCUGUUCUCGCGACAACGUUAGUUGUUCAUAGUUAGUAAGAAUGGAAAAAUGGAUAAAAGCCUUGAAAGAAAAGUUUUCUUUGAAGUGUUUGACUGAUACUUUUCUUCUGAGAGUUUCAUUAUCAUCCUCAAACUUCAAAAUCAGAAAUUAUUGCUCUUCCUUGCCACAAGGGCGUCGCUUGCCCAAUCUAGAGAAACAAUUUGAAGUUGCGCGAAAUUUAAGUUUUAAGACCAUGCCAGAAGCUUAAUAAUUACGCUUCAGUUCCAACGAAAAAAGAAUUGAAGGUGAUCAAACAGAAUAAGCUUUUAGGUAGGCCUUCACAUCAAGAUCUUAGUUUUCGAAGAAAGUAAAAAAACAACUUCAAUUAAGAGACUCAAUAAUAACAAGAAAAUUUUAAAAUUUCAGAAAAAAAAAAUUAGAAUAGAUACUUACAAAAAAAGUUCUGUUUCGUCGACUCAUCCUCGAAUCGUUAUAAAGAUUCUCAACUGAACCUUGAGUAUUUUGAACUUCUAGCUCUCGCGCAUCUCAACGAAAAGGAUUAUUUAGCCAUAGAUGUUGCCAGAGCCAUGACUAUCUGAUUUCAAAAUAAUUUUUAAUCGAGAAGGGUCCUUUUUAUAAACGCGCUAACAUCGGAAACUGACUUCCACUUUCUACAUAAAAAUCUUCUGGAUGCAUGUAAUGUCACCCCUAAACGAAGAAUUGAAAGAAAAAAAAAAUGACUUUUUAAUUUCUUCUUGGAACAAGAUAAAAGUUUCACUUUUAGCGAUGUAAAGCGGUGGUCUACGGCAUGGUGGGAGGCCGGAAAGUGUUCACCUGCGAGUUCUACGAAAGGAUCGACACGCGUUCAUCUCCAGUCUACGCUCCUUUCAUCAACAUCUACAUCAAAAGAUCCUCCUGUCCACUAUCAAGUGAGCCUUUCAUUGGACUAAAUGAUCAUCGAGCCCCAAGAAUAGGGCUUGAAUUAAACCUGUCGUCAUAAUCAGACAUCGUGCUAAAUUCAAAAAAUCCGAAAAAAAACGGAAAAUAAAAGAAUGAAUCACUAAAAGAUCAGGCGGUUCUAAAAAGAAAAUGAAAAUAUUUUAGAAAAUGGUCCGUUGGUUUGAAAGGAAAAAUCCGCAAAAUUACCUCAUAUAGGAGACUUUUGCAGUAAUCCACCUGCCGCCGGUAACGAUGAUUCCAGCGGACGACUCUUCGAUCAAAAGGCGCACCAAGCAAGAGAAGAACUCCCGAAGACCCAAUCCUUUCUUCGGAUAA